ACUAAGACUGUCUAAUCUUUUUGGUAUAAGAGAAAGAACGUAGAGUGAGUGACACUACUAAGUGUGUAAGCAACGCGGUCUCAACCUCCUUUGUUUGGAGUGGUUUGGUCUCAAGUUAUCCGAGAAAACAUCCCGCCAACAAAGAGGCCAUGCACUAUAACACCUGCGUACGGCCGUGAGAGGGCCAGGGCUCCGACGAUGCUCGCUUGUGCCAUGUGGGGCGGUUCCUGAGUUCGCCCGAGGGGACAGUUAGCGUGUGCAGUGACCUGUGCGUUAUAAUGCCACGUCGUAGGAAGAGAAGCUCAGUUGCAAGUCAACUCUUCACAUCAUGGGCGUCGCUGUGGUCCCAAGCUACACCCACAGAAAAGUCUGUUAUCGACGAGUCCAGGCAGCUCAUACGGGACUACAUCAACGGGCGUCUGAAGAAAUCCAACCUCACCCGCGGGAGACUCCCCGAUGCAAAACGAAGGCCUUCUGAGGUGUCCUCCCAGCUGCAGAAGAUGGGAGGGGAGUUAGAGAGGAUGUACCCACACCUGUACCGGGACGUCUCCAGACAAAUCAACAUCACACUAUCGUCUGAGUCCAUCUUGGAGACCAGUUUUGAGACGGUUGCUAACGAACUGUUCAGUACGGGCAUCACGUGGGCGCGGGUCGUGGCAAUGUUUGCGGUGGCGGGGGCCUUCUCCGUGGACUGUGUGCACCAGGGACACCCCAUGUUCACCCGCCGUCUGGUGGAUAUCGUGGUAGACUUCACCGACAGGAAACUUUCCUCAUGGCUCGUACAGGAAGGAGGAUGGUACGGACUAGUGAAACAUUUCAGAGGAGACGGGAGGACGAACAUGUUCUGGGCGAUUAGCGGGAUCGGAGCAGCCAUUGGUCUAGCUGCAACCUUCUUUGUUAUUGACCUUUGACCCAAGUGGGCGUGGUCAGCUUGGUCAUGACCCAUUACAUCUGCAAUUUCUAAAGUAGCAUCUAAAGCCAAAGAGCUGUGCAGUCUGGUAUUUUGUUGGAUUUAAAAGAAACGUAUUGGUAAGGAACUUACUGAAUUAGAUUUGCCUGGCAAUAUAUUUACCAACUGUGUUGGUUAUAUUCACGUAUCUUAAAACUUAUCUGACUGCAAUCUGCAAUGUAGGGAUGUGUGUAUUUGUGCAUGCGUGUGUGUGUAUGUGUGUGUGUGUGUGUGUACGUAUAUGUCUUUGAGUGUGUACAAUUGUGUAUGGUUCAUUGUGCCAUGCAAAAUUACCUGUCUAUAGCUAGCUAAGUAUAUCAAGACAGUCAGGGCUAGCAACUGUUUUUCAUUUUGGUAUGGGUCAGUUCAGGGGUUACAAUUUGAUUUUGGCUCA